AUGGCCCAAACCACCGCGCCGGCGACCACCGCAGCGGCGACGACGUCACCCGUGACGCUGCCGCCUGGUGUCUUCACUGCGGUGCCGACGCCCAUUGCCACUUUGAGCCAGUGCCAAGCCUGCGCCAACCUCGGCCAGUGCAGCGGCGCGUACAACAACCUCCCCGGCAAGUACUGCGGCAAGUGGCUCUCAAGCGGUAUCCAGCAGGUGUGCUGCUGUCCGUCGGCCGCCACGUGCGCGAUCCCCGUCAAGGCUGACAAGUGCCAAUGCAUCGACCCGACCAAGGUCAAGACGCAAUCGGGCAUGCCGUACUGGGCGUGGAUCCUCAUCGGCAUCGGCGCCUUCAUUCUUUGCGCCGCCCUCUGCUAUUGCUUCUGCCGCUCAGCGCAGGACGAGCCCGCCGUGUACGUCCAGGAGCCCAUGUAUGUCAACCAGUACGGCCAGCCCGUCAUGGUCAACGGUAACUACGCCAACGCCGGCGGGUACGGCCCCGGCUAUGGCGGUGGCUACGGCGAUGGCGGUCUUGCUGCCGGUGUUGCUGUCGAUCCCGUCAACGACGCCAGCAACCUCGUUGGACACGUUGCAGAAUUCCCGUAG